UUUUAAAAAGUUUUAAAAAAGGAUGCCUAAAAAUUGAUUAUUCCUUAAAUAGUCUUCUUUGUAGAGUUAAGUUUUAUUAUAUCGUUUUUUAAACGGUUAAAAAAGAGAUUUUAGGGAUUGAUUUUGAUAUUUUUUAAAGUAUUUCUAUUAAAAAAUAUUAAUACUGUUUAUUUUUGUGAAUUUUAAAAAAGAAUCUUUGAAAAAGAAUGCUUUUAGAAGAAAUUACAGAGACACAAUUGAGUGAAGAAGAAGUCUCGGAAACAUCGAGUGAUUUGUCGGAUUUUUGCUCAGGAGAUGAAUCAGUAUUAGAUGAAUCGUUUUUAGAGCGCAUUCAGGCUUUGAAAGAUAUUAUUCCGGGUGUUUUUCGUGCACGAAUAUAUCAAAAAAUAACGUCAUUUGUAUCUACUAUUCGAUCAAUUUUGCUUUUUGGGGGGAAAACAUUAUGGGUUCUAGCAACAAGUGUUUUAUUACUUGGAACUCCUUUAGUUCUUGCAAUUGAAGAAGAAGAAAAAAUGAUUGCAUAUGAUAAAGAAUUUAAGAUGCAGCAAAAGGCACACGAAGUCCUUGCACCGGGUACAUCAAGUGCAGCAUUUGCGCCGCCUGCCCCUCAACGAUCAGGAUCUUUGAUUUAAAUUUGAUAGUUUAAAAUAACUGGAAUUAUGAUAUUUAUAGACAUUAGUUUUUUUCGAGAAGAGUUAUAAAGUAGA